AUGGCUCCCCUCUUGAAUAUCAUCUUCGUUGGGUCACUGCGAGAGUCCCAAGAUGGUAAGAUGCGCGACUUUGAUGCUAUUAUCGCUGCAACAGGCUUCGGCAUGUCCUUCAUUUCUCAAGUAAAGAAAACCCAGGGCCUGCGAGUGCCAGAUGUUAUCAUGGCUGGACAGGACAAUUUGAAAAGAUUCUUGCCAGAGCUCGUUCGAAAAUGGCGAGGCGAAUUAUUCACUGCAUUCUUCCCAUUUUGGCUCUCGGCUGCACUGCUCUGUUCUGCUCCGUCGGCAUUUCUAUGA